AUGGAAGGUCACAGCCAACGGAUUCCAACAGUGUUCCCUCAUCGAUGGACGAAGUGUGACCCUCCUCCAGGCCCCGGGGGCCUUGUCCUCCUGGAGGAGAUGCUUGCCUUGGGGCACAAUUACUUCAUUGGUUUUGUGAAUGAUUCUGUGACUAAAAGUAUUGUGGCCUUGCGCCUAACGCUGGUGGUGAAGGUCAGCAACUGUGUGCCUGGAGAAAACCAUGCAAAUGACGUGGAAUGUUCCGGAAAAGGAAAGUGCACCACGAAGCCAUCAGAGGCAACUUUUUCCUGUAGCUGCGAGGACCAGUAUGUGGGGACUUUCUGCGAAGAAUUUGAUGCUUGCCAAAAGAAACCCUGUGAGAACAACGCGAGCUGUAUGGAUGCGGAUGAAAAGCAAGAGGGAAGCAAUUUCACCUGCAUUUGCCCUGCUGGUUAUACUGGGGAGCUUUGCCAAUCCAAGAUUGAUUUCUGUAUCCUGGAACCAUGCAGAAAUGGAGCGACGUGUGUUUCUAAUCUCAGUGGAUUCACCUGUCAGUGUCCAGAAGGAUACUUGGGAUCCACCUGUGAAGAGAAGGUGGACCCCUGUGCGUCGUCCCCCUGCCAGAACAACGGGACGUGCCAUGCAGACGGCAUGCACUUCAGCUGUAGCUGCAGCCCUGGCUUCACAGGGCCAGCCUGCGGCCAACUCGUCGACUUCUGCGCCCUCAGCCCCUGUGCUCAUGGCACGUGCCGCAGCGUGGGCACCAGCUACAAAUGCCUCUGCGAUCCAGGUUACCACGGCCUCUACUGUGAGGAGGAGUAUAAUGAAUGCCUCUCGGCCCCCUGUCUGAACGCUGCCCCCUGCAGGGACCUUGUGAACGGCUAUGAGUGCAUGUGCCUGCCGGAUUACAAAGGAGUACACUGUGAGCUGUACAAGGAUCCCUGUGCAAACGUCAGUUGUCUAAAUGGAGGCACGUGUGACGGCGAAGCUCUCAAUGGCACAUGUGUGUGCACGCCAGGGUUUGCAGGUGAAGAGUGUGACAUUGACAUAAACGAAUGUGACAGUAACCCCUGCCAUCACGCCGGGACCUGCCUGGACCAACCCAAUGGUUAUACCUGCCAUUGCCCGCACGGCUGGGUGGGAGCCAACUGUGAAAUCCACCUGCAGUGGAAGUCCGGGCACGUGGCGGAGAGUCUCACUAACAUGCCGCGCCACUCCCUCUACAUCAUCAUUGGCGCCCUCUGUGUCGCCUUCAUCCUGAUGCUGAUCAUCCUGAUCGUGGGCAUUUGCCGCAUCAGCCGCAUCGAGUACCAGGGCUCUUCCAGGCCAGCCUACGAGGAGUUCUACAACUGCCGCAGCAUAGACAGCGAGUUCAGCAAUGCCAUCGCUUCCAUCCGGCACGCCAGGUUUGGAAAGAAAUCUCGGCCGGCGAUGUACGACGUGACCCCCAUUGCCUAUGAGGAUUACAGUCCCGAUGACAAGCCGUUGGUCACACUGAUUAAAACAAAAGAUUUGUAAUCUUUUUGGGGGAUUAUUUUUCAAAAAGAUGCGAUACUUCACUCAUCUAAAUAUUUUUAAGAAAAUAAAAAGCUUAAGACAUUCAAAGCGUUAGGCGCUCAAGAGUUUUCGGUAGAAUAUUUAAGAACUAAUUUUCUGCAGCUUUUAGUUUGGGGGGAAAAAUUUAUUUUAAAAACUGAAUUUGUGAAAUCCGUAGACUGUGUUUUCACGUUCUUUCAGCUCUCUGAAUUGUAUGCUUCUAAUAAAUAGUGUGUGCUCUUUCCGUGGGAGACACCAUGCAGGAAACCCAGAGUAACGUCUGUGGUUGUUAAAGGAGUAAAUCGAAUCCAGGAGAAGUCUCUGUUUGACAUGUGAGUGCCGGCUUUCUGAGUAGAGUUAGGAAAAACUUGUAGAGUACGAUGCUUAAUACAGUAUACCUGUUACUUACAAAGAAGUCUGAAAUGUUCGUUUUUGUGGAAAAAAAAAAAGAAGCUAGUUAAAUUUAUUAUUCCUAACCCUCAUGAAAUUAGCGUUUGCCUAAUUCUGUGCAUGAGUAAGUAAUUUAUUUCUGCACUGUUUUGUUGAACCUUGUGGAAACCUUUGAGUUUGUUUUUUUUUUGUCAUGUUUCGUAAUGGUCGUCAAACUUGGCCUUGAAAAAAUACACCGUGAAAGGGCCUAGUGAGGCAAAUUAUGAUCGAGUUGAAUCUAUAUUUUUCUUUAACAGGUCAAGAUUUUUCUAUCGUGAGUAAAUUAAAUUUGUGUUUGAGUUGUUCGUUGCUAAGAGGUAGUAAGUGUGAGAGAGGACCAGUCCCCUCAGUAGUGUGUAUUUCUCAUAGUGCUUCUUUAUUUAUAUCCACGACAUUUUCUGUGGUUGUAUCUGAUUGAUACCUGCUUCUCCCGAUUCUUCCUGAUUUCAAAGAAUACUGAAUAAAUGUUAUCAAGUCAA